AGUGGGGCUGGGAGGCUCUGUCCUGGUGCAGGGCUGCAUGGAGCGGGCACAGGUGCCCGACGCCGCUGCUUUCCGUGCCUUCAGGCAGCGCUGUCAGGAUGGCAGCUGGCAGCGGGACCGCGGUGGGCUCGCUGUCUGCCUCCAACUGCCGCCGCCUGGCUGUGCCGUACACCAGCUCAAGUGCCGCAUCGAUGUCCCGGACGUGCCAGCAGAGACGAUGUACGACGUGCUGCAUGACAGCGAGUAUCGCCGGGAGUGGGACAGCAACGUCAUCGACACGCACGACAUAGCCCAGGUGGCUGCCAACGCUGAUGUGGGCUACUACGCCUGGCGAUGUCCAAAGCCCUUAAAGAACAGGGAUGUGGUGAUGCUGCGAGCCUGGCAGGUGGAGGAUGGGUAUCACACCAUUAUCAACUUCUCUGUCAAACACCCGAAAUACCCUCCGCGCAAGGACCUGGUAAGGGCGGUCUGUCUCCUAACGGGAUACCUGGUGCAUUCAACUGGGCCCAACAGCUGCAGCCUCACCUACCUGGCACAGGUGGAUCCAAAAGGGUCACUGCCAAAGUGGGUUGUGAAUAAAGCCUCGCAGUACCUGGUGCCGCAGAUGUUAAAGAAACUGCACAAGGCCUGUGUGCAGUACCCUGCGUGGAAGCAGCAGCACAACAUAAACGUGAAGCCCUGGCUGUACCCUGAGCAGAACAAGCUUCCCGUGCUGGCGCUGUCAGAGCUGGCACUGCAGCGUGCUGCGUCGCUGGAGAACAUCGACGAGAGCAGCCUGGCUGAAGAGAAGGAUGAGAGCAGUGACCACAGUGGCUUGGAGAACUGAUGUUGCUCAGGCUUGUCUAGUGUUUUACAAGAAGGGGGGAAAGAGUUUUUUACUGAAAAAAGAAAUCUUCAUGUUUGUAGCCUUUUCUCAUGAGCCAGCUGCAUGGCUCCUGGCUUGCUGGCUCUGCUUAGUGCAAGGCGCUUGGGAUGAUAGUCCUGACCUGGUAAUGUUAUGCUCUGGGAGAAUUCAUACCACCUAUUUCUCAGGUGAAACCUGCCCUCACAGAAUACAGCUUGUUCUGGACCUGUUGCUCCCAAGAGGUCAAGUUACCUGUGGUAGCUCUGCCAGGCUGCUCUACCAGCUGGUGAGUUACUCAUUGACAAACUGCUCUUUGCCUCUGUUUUGUGAGUGGCUGAAAGAUCUUGUGUUGCUGGAGCUGUUGUUUUCCCAAAGGGAAUCAAUAACUACCUGGUGUUUCCCUCCAGCUCUGAACGAUGAAACAGACUGGUGACAAGUACAAGUGACAAGUACUGCUCUGUCCAUUAAAGAUACUUAAGCCAUGAAUGGUCCUUGAGAAGAAUCCACUCUUUCCUUGUUAGCCCACAGCCAGUUGUGGGGGCUGCAGAAGCACCUGAGCAAUUCUGAGUAUUAGCAGAGGAAGCUGCCCUAGGCAGGGCUGAUUUUUUCUGGUGCUCCUGAGAGGCUCUGAUAUAGGAUUAACAGGUGGGAGUUGUAUUUGCGUCCUCUGUGCAGUGAGGUCAAAGCCCUCUUUGCUCCUGGGCAGUGUGGUUGUGCCAGAAGCCUGAUGUGUGCAGUGUUUGCUGUGCUUUCCACCAGGCAGAGCACAGGGGUGGCUUUGGAGCCAGGGAUCAGCCCUUGAAACUUCAGCUUGGCAAGCCUGAACACAACACCAGGGGAAAACAGAGCAACAUGAAAUGUCAUCUUGUAAUUUGUAAAGCUGGUGUGAGACUGGAAGCAUAUCUGCUCUGCAUUUCCAUAGAAGACCUCUUACUUUGCUUCUCAGGGUAUUACAGUGGGAAAGCCUGGAUUUCUCUCGUAGAAAAACUGACUUCUUUAUCUGAUAGUCUUUUUCCUAGCACUUUUAAUUCUACUUCAUCUAAGGCAAAUCUAGCAGGCAGAGCUGAAGCUGUAUUAGGGCUGCUGCUCCUAGCUGUCUCAAGUGAGGUAACACAGACAGAUCCUUCUGUUGCAGCCCUUCCUCUUCCUGGCAGCACUGAAAUGCCACUCCAAACUAAUCACAGGCUGACUUCCAUCACAGUCAGAGGAAAAACACCCUUAUAAUAAGGCUGCACCUGUAUGGGUUCCCUGCAUUUUUCCUGCAGGCUGA